AUGACGAACCCUAGCUAUACAGGGGGGAUAAAGUUGAAGUUUGGGCUAAUGUUUAUGGUUUGCACCCAACGAUCAUGGAAACGUCCUUAUGGGGUUGACCUUCUGGUAGCUGGAUUAAAUGAAUUUGGAGCUCACCUCUAUUACAACUGUCUGAGUGGAAACUAUUUUGACUAUCAGGCUUUUGCAAUUAGCUCUCGCUCACAAGCUGCAAAGACAUAUUUGGAAUGCAAGUUUGAGAACUUCAUGAACUCCUCACUGGAAGAUCUAAUCGAAGAUGCACUUAUUGCAACUAGGGAGUCUGCACAAGGUGAAAAACUCAAUAUUUUUGCAUGCACUAUUGCUAUAGUUGAAGUUGGUCAUAUUGAUGGGAAGGAUCCAGCUCCCAAAGAUGCAGAGGCCUUGGCAAAAUGGAAAAUUAAGGAUGCUCGUGUCAUGACGUGGAUAAUGAGCUCAGUGGAGCCUCACAUUGUUCUCAAUUUGAGACCUUAUAAGAUUGCCAAGGAAAUGUGGAAAUAUCUUAAAAAGGGUGAUGUUCCUGAUGUAGCUCUCACUGCUAUCAUAAAAGUACAUGAAUCCAGUAAGAGGAACCAAUUUUUGAUGAAGUUGUGUCCAGACUUUAAAAUGGCUCAUUCUAAUCUGAUGAACCGCGAUCCUGUACCGUCCUUAGAUGCUUGUUUGAGUGCACUUCUUCGAAAAGAACAACGCUUACUGACUCAAGCAUCAAUGGAACAGAAAGCUAAUGCUAAUGACCUAAUUAAUGUAGCCUAUGCAGCACAUGGAAGAAGCAAAGGGAAAGAUGUUCGUGGUAUUCAAUGCUAUAGUUGUAAAGGAUUUGGUCACAUUGCAAAGGAUUGUUCGCAGAAAUUUUGUAAUUAUUGCAAACAAUGGGGACACAUCAUUUCCUCAUGUCCCACACGACCUGUAAGGAGGGAAGGAACUGCAUAUCAUGCCUCAGUUGGUGCGUCAAGUUCUGCUGCUACUCCUAUGAUCGAACCAGAUACAGCUGCACCUUCAACCUCGUCUCAAAAUCCAAAUACACUCACUCCUGAAAUGGUACAGCAGAUGAUAUUUUCUGUUUUUUCUGCAUUUGGAUUCUCAAGUAGUUCCAAUUCUCAUUCUCUGCCUUGGUAUAUUGAUUCUGAAGCCUCUAAUCAUAUGACAAAUACAACUGUACCUCUGUCCAAUGUUCAAAAAUAUGAUGGAACUCAAAAAAUACAUACUGCUAAUGGAAAUUCUCUGGAUAUAAGUGUUGUUGGUGAUAUUUCUCCAUCUCUAACUAAUGUUUUUGUGUCUUUUGGACUAUCUACUAAUCUUAUUUCUGUUGGACAAUUAGUAGACCAUGAUUGUAAUGUGCAAUUUUCUUCUUUUGGUUGUAUUGUGCAGGAUCAAGUGUCGAGGAAAAUAAUCGCAAAGGGGCCUAAAAUCUUUCUACAAAACAAGGGAAUAAUUUCUCAACACUCUUGUCCUUCAACAUCGCAACAGAACGGCAUAGCCGAAAGAAAGAAUCGUCACCUUCUUGAUGUUGUUAGAACUCUUCUUCUUGAAUCAUCUGUUCCUCCUCGUUUUUUGUGUAAAGCUCUUUCUACUGCAGUUCAUUUAAUAAACCGUCUUCCAUCUCCCGUGUUAGGUAAUGUUUCACCAUUUCAUAAGUUGCAUGGAUAUACUCCUUCUUCUUCUGGUUUUCGUACAUUUGGUUGUGUUUGUUUUGUGCAUCUUCCUAUUCAUAAGCGUCAUAAACUUGCUGCUCAAUCAGUUAAGUGUGCCUUCUUGGAUUAUUCUAAUUCACAAAAAGGUUAUAUUUGUUAUGAUUCAUCUGCUCAUCGCAUGAGAAUAUCUAGGAAUGUUAUUUUUUUUGAAAAAUAA